GGUAAUCCUUGCCUCAAUUAAGAGAAAGGGCCACAGAAAAAUCUUUGAAAGGGAAAAAUGGGGGGAUAGAGGCUCCUCUGUUCCCUGUCAACGUCUCAAAUAGUAAAAUUAGACCUCAGGAAAGAUGUAUAAAUUCACAAGUACAAAUAUCCAUUCUUUCCUUUAUCCUUUUAGUUCAACUGUGUUAAUAGAACAUGAAUAACCCACCUCCAUUCACAAUUAGUUAAAUAUCUUGAUCACAUUAGCAGCUGCCAUGACAGCAUUUCUGCAAGUAUCCAAUACUUUCUCAGCCUUAAACUUGCCUCUACAGGCAAAUGAUUUGUUGAGGAAGCAUAGCUUCUGGGGAUUGAAAUUGACUGAACCAUUGAAGUGUUAUACUGCUCCGCAAGCAAACUAUUGGCUGAGAAGUAGAGCUUCUGGAGAGAAAGCUACAUUUUUGAAAGUUUGUAAGCAUAAUAAAGGUGGGAUUUUUAUAGGAGAUGCAGGACGGAAGAGGAUUCAAAGGGUGGUGCUGGUAAGGUUCGAUAAAGGGUUCGGAUUUAACGGUCUUGGUGAUGGCGGAGGUGGUAAGGAUGAUGGUACAAAUACAAGGGUUGUGGUUAAUCUUAUUCUGGCAAUUGGCUUAACUUACCUCACCAUGACUGGACAACUUGGUUGGGUUAUAGAUACAAUUGUCUCUGUCUGGCUGCUUGCGGUGUUGCUACCAAUUGUGGGCGUGGGAGCAUUCCUCUGGUGGGCUGGAAGGGAUAUGGUUCAAGGCAGUUGUCCAAACUGUGGGAACGCUUUUCAAGUUUUCAAGUCUACUCUCAAUGAUGAUUUACAGCUUUGUCCAUUUUGCAGUCAACCAUUUUCAGUAGUGGGAGAUGAAUUUGUGAGUGAUCCGGUGAAAUUCUCAAAUCAGUCCCCUACUUUGGAAGAAGCAUUCAGUGAUUUCUUUUCUGGUUCUAAGAGAGGUUUGUUGCUCUUCUACAUUUCUCAAGAAUUAUCUGCAUGCUAUUUCCUCUAUCAAGCCUCAUAAAAUCCGGAACUUGAAAGAUAGAGCUGCUUGUACAGGGAAGGACUCAUCGAAAGCUGUUGUUGAUGUUGAGGCUGAAGUCAAAGAUGCAGAGUGAGAAUGCUAGCUGGCGUUCUUAUCCUGUCAUGGCUAUUGACAAUAUAUUGUAGCUUGAAAGGAGAGAACAAAAUGGCGCACAGCAGCCAUCCUCCCCACGGUGAAUAUACUGCCUCAAAGCAAUGAUUCAUCAUACAGUUUUGCUGCGGAUUGCAGAUUUUGGAUUUUGGAACCAUUGUCCAACAACAAUAUGGAUGUUGCAAAGAGCCAUUUGCUUAUUGUAGCUUGUGUUAUGAUAGAAUGCUGAUGCUGUGUUACAGUCAUAAGCUUAGAAUAGAUGCAUUUCUGGUGUUUGUAUAGUUCGGAGUGGAAUAGGCUACCUUUUCCACUUGAGUGUAAAGCUUUUUUCAUUUUAUCCUGGCACAUUGACUAGCUAAUUAUUAGAUUACAUAUAUCAGUGAAUGAAUUCUAAACAUUUAAGAUUAUACAUCCAUUUGACGUAGGUUAUAUUCGUCGAUUGCAAGG